GAACACAAGGCACCAAAUUGCAGAAUGAAGUUGAUCGAAGCAGAAGGGAAGCCACAUCUCUGCCUUUUUGCACUAAAAGAAAUCGCGGCAGGAACUGAAAUCACUUAUGACUAUGGUGGGAAAGAAUGGCCCUGGCGUACAGAGAUUCCCCCUACAGUUACAAGCACUGCUGCCCAAGAGUCUAUUAAAGAACGUUUCCAAGACCAAACCAUGUCAUCCACAGUCUUUAUGGAAGAGACCAGAGAGAGGCCAGAAGUCCAGUCCUGCAAUAUAACAUCAGGCAGUUCUGCUUGUGAGACACAGCUCAGUGGUGCAAGCUUCCCUUCUGGCCAACACUCUGCUGCAGUGCUUGGUGACCACACCAAUGACUUGGAACCCAAUGUUUUCUCUACAGAUUUAUUCAAAGACACCGAAUUGAGAGCACAGUGUCCGUCAUCUAGUCCCACACCAAACAGCCCUGAGCAUGAGGUGCACUGUGUCAGAGGUCAAUGUGGCACCACUUCUGUGACAGAGGAGAUUGGAGAAGCUUGUGUCCAGCACCAGGAGGUGUCAUCCCCUGUGUCCUCAACAGACCUUGCCACUGAGACCGAAUCGAGAUCAGAGUGUCAAUCAUCCAGAGCCGGGCCGAACGACUCUGCUUGUGAGUGUGCAAUCCAUAAGCUGGUUUUUGAAUUGGUGAGAAUUGACAAAUGCUGGAUAUGCCAUUCACCUUUGACAUCUAUCAGAUGGCACGGUGUAAGAUGCAAACAAUGCUGUGGUGUGUGGCAUAAAAUCUGCCUCCAGAAAUCCUCAGAAGACUGGGAUAUAUCAGAUGACGAUGUCUCAUCUGGCGACGAGUACAUCCCAGCAUCUGUAUCGGAUUCAGAAAGCUCAGGGACAGAGUUGAGUGUUGAGUUGCCUGGACCAUCCAAAAAGUCCCAUACCACUAAUAUGCCUGAUUUAGGUGUUACUUUCGCUGAACAAGAACAGACCAUAGAUAUAGAGGACAACUCAAAGGAUAUCUGUAAGAAUAUCCUGAUGGAUCUAGAAACUACUGGUGAUCUCCAAAGUGACCCCGAACCAGAACCAGAAAGCUCAGAGUCAUACCUGCAGAAAACAAAAGAUGCGAGUAACAAAAAGGGUACUGUGGAUAAUCUUGGCCAAAGUAAAUCCCCAACUAAAUCAGCGAAAUUCAUUAAAAGCCAAGUCAAUUAUUGUUUUGUAUGUGAAAAACCUCAAACAAAAUUUGCACGUCAUCUCGAGGCAUGUAAAAGAAAAUGCUGAAAUCGCACAGGCACUCCAGUUCCCCAAAUCAUCAAAGGACAGAAAGGUUCUUCUUGAGAAAUUCCGAAACCUUGGCAACUUCAAGCAUAACUCUAUUGUUAAAACCACAGGGUCAGGCUGUCUUAAAGUGAAAAGGUGUUCCAAACAGAGCAGCAGCUCUGAGACUUACGAUUACUGCUUGUACUGUAAGGGUAUGUUAUCCAGAGCCGAACUUUCUCGACAUAUGAAGAGAUGUGCUCUAAGACCCGAGAAUAAUGUUGAAGAGGGACCUGAGUUGAGAGAGAGAGUCAUUGGUAUAGCAUCUGCUCAGUCUACAAUGUCACAGCCAAUUUCAAGUGAACUUUGGUCAGUGCUGGGCAAAAUGCACAAGGAUGACGUGUCCACUGCAAUAAGGAAUGAUCAUUAUCUCAUGCAGUUUGCCCAGUCCCUCUUUAAUAAGCAUGGGAAUGACAGAUCAAAGCAUGAGUAUAUAAGACAGAAAGUAAGGGAACUUGGGAGAUUACUUGUGACUUUGCGCCACACAACUAGAAUCCAUAACAUGGAAGAGGCAAUAAAACCAGGCAACUUCUUUAUUCUUACUAGUGCUGUCAAGAGAGUUUCAGGUUUUGAUCAUGAAAACAACACAUUCAAAGCCCCAAGUUUGGCCCUGAAAAUUGGGCAUUCUCUCAGAAAGAUAAGUGACCUCAUCAUGUGUCGUGUCCUCAUGGAAGAGGACCAAGAGGGGAUCGAUUCCAUCAGAAGGUUUCAUGCACUUCAUGAAACAAAGUGGUCUGAAUUAGUUUCCCAUUCUGCCUUAUCAAACCUGAGUGAGGCAAAAUACAACAAGAGCAGCAGGCUUCCACUGGCCAAAGACGUCCAGAAGCUACAGUUAUAUCUUGGUCAGCAAGUGGAAUUGGCUAAGGAGAAACUAGCCGAUAACCCAACAGCAGGCACUUAUGCAGCACUAGCAAAGGUGACCCUCUGUCAAGUCAUUUUGUUUAAUAGGAGGAGGGAAGGUGAAGUGGCACGGAUGACUGUAAAAAAAUUUGAAGAUCGUGACAUGUCACAACUAAACGAUGACAUAAGCACUGGGCUUACCGAAGUUGAGAAGAGACUUUGCAAACAAUUCGCCAGAGUAGAAUUGAGGGGGAAAAAAGGACGAAAGGUUGCUGUGAUCCUGACUCCUGAUAUGACUGCUAACCUGUCACUCCUCAUUAGUAAGAGGAAAGAGUGUGGAGUAACUGAAAACAACAAUUACCUGUUCGCUGUUCCUUGUAGUGAUGGUCACUACAGAGGGCAGUUUGGUCCAUUUGCAGAUGCUUGUGGAGCUGAAGAUCCUCAAAACCUCAGAUCAACUAACCUUCGCAAACAGAUCGCCACAAUAAGCCAAGUCAUGAACUUGAAAGAUAAUGAACUGGACCAGCUGGCUGAUUUUCUGGGCCAUGACAUUAGGGUGCAUAGGGAGUACUAUCGACUGCCCCAAUCAACAAUUCAGCUGGCUAAGAUAUCAAAGCUGCUUAUGGCUAUGGAGAAGGGAAGUGUGAAGGAUAUUCAAGGAAAAUCUCUGGACGAAAUUGGUGGUAUGUAUCAUUUACAUGUUGUUAAAUCUACUUGGUGUAUGUGUAAUAAAAUGUGAUAAUUU